AUGACAGCGUCGCUGAGGCUGCGGUGUGCCUGGUUGCCUCUUGCUCGCCUGGAGACGCCGCAAGGAGGAUCCUGUCUUGCUGCCCCGGCCCGUGGAGAGCAUGGCGACGGCGACGGCGACAAGAGAUUGUUUGCUGCUCAUCUCAUCGGUGCCGCCAUCACUCGUCGGUACGCAGCCGUCUGCCGCCCGGAGCUUGCGCAACACCAGCCCCCACCCCGUCAUCCUCGCACUGGCCCGUCACGUGCGCUGCUAACAUGUCGCCGCCCGCGGCCACUGGCGCUGUUGAGCACAGCUGAGACGAGACGGGACAGCCCUGGCAGGUGGGAGGCCGUUGAGAUGGAGAUGAAUCUGUCACUGCCUCGGUCGAGAACCGAGAAGGUCAUGGCCCCAGGCCUACUCUGCGCCGCGGCGGCAGUCGCGCCCCGGUUCAGGCAAGCGCGGCCCACUCCGCCAACCUCGCCCACUUCACCACCCCAGGCCAUCAAUGAUCCAUUUCCUUCUCGCUCGCGCAUAGCAAACACCAGCAACGUCCGCAACGAGCAUGGCCCUGCCAGCCCUGCUCGCCUCUGA